AUGACAAAGCCGCGAGGAAAAAGCCGCGGCGAGGCGAAAGGCAGGCGAAGCAAGGGAGCGAAGAGCGGGCAAAAUGGCGAAACGGCCAAUUCUGUUGUGAGUUCACCGUCUUCAAGCGCCGCGAGGAAUAUCAAAACCCGCAACCAAGGAAAAGCACAGCCUCAUAAAUACCAGUGUAUGAUUCAAAGUUCGUCAGAUUCUGAAGGCGAGGAGUCGGAUUAUAGCAUUGAAUCGACUUCGAGUCGCAACACCGAGGUCAGCCAUGUAUCGAGUGAGAGCUACUACCAAAAUUGUCGCAUCAAAACAUUCGAUUUCAUUGAGCUUCCAGAAGUCAAAAAGCUUGUGCUACCGCCAUCUUCUGACGAUUUGCUUAUACCAAAUAAACACGUUAUGAAAGCACUUGGCGUUUAUGAAGUUUUAAGACAUUUUGGGAGAAUUAUCAGACUGUCCCCUUUUAGAUUUGAGGAUUUUACUGCAUCCCUGAUUGCAAAUGAAAAGUCGAUACUCCUCGAUCAAGUCUACCUUAAUCUUGUUAGGGCUAUAAUUACGGAGGACGAAUCUAACGGUUAUAGUUUUGCGGCUCAUGACGAGAAAGAAAGCAUUAAUAUAUUUUUGUAUUAUUUGGAUACAUUCACAUGGCCCGAAGUUGUACGAAGUUAUGUUACGGCCAAUUCCGAAUUGGGCGAUGCCGCACGGUGUGUUAACAAUGGCAAUUAUCCGUUCGUACCACUUCAACAAAAGAUCGAGGUGCUGUGUCGGUUGACAGAACAAUUUCUAUCGUCCAAUGCUGUCCGUGAAGAUGUCGUUAACGAAGGAAUGUUUCAGUCCGAAGACCACUGUCGGAAUUGCUCAAAGAUGGGCGACCUCCUCUGUUGUGAAUCGUGUCCGGCCGUAUUUCACCUGCAUUGCCUAAAACCACCUUUGGAAGAUGUCCCUCAAGGUGACUGGCUGUGCCCUUUGUGUACAGUUGACAAGGUCCAGGGCGUGACGGAUUGUGACUUUCAUGGGGAUGUGAUGAAGAGUUAUAGGAAUACACCAAUUGGCGUUGAUAGAAUGGGAAGGAAGUACUGGUUUUUGGUGCGACGAGUAUUUGUGUAAGUUCCUUUUUUGUUUUAUUGGGUUGUUUGAUAAUAGACAUCCCCCCUCUUCGGAUGCCCUAGAACAUUCCACUAUGGAUUUUCCCCCUGCUUCUCAGAAUGGCAGAAAUUUUGUUGGAACAGCAUUGUCACAACUUGUUAACAAGCUUGCUACAAACCUGUUGCAAACAUAUCUUGUUGAGAAUUUGUUGGAACAGCAUUGUCACAACUUGUUAACAAGCUUGCUACAAAACUGUUGCGAAAAGUCUUGUUGACAAGUUGUUGGAACACCAUUGUCACAACUUGUUAACAAGCUUGCUACAAACCUGUUGCAAAACAUCUUGUUGACAAGUUGUUGCAGCAUCAUUCUCACAACUUGUUAACAAGCUUGCUACAAGCCUGUUGAGGAGUCAUCUUGUUGACAAGUUUGUUGGAACAGCAUUAUCACAACUUGUUAACAAGCUUGCUACAAGCCUGUUGAGGAGACAUCUUGUUGACAAGUUGUUAGAACAGCAUUGUCACAACUUGUUAAUAAGCUUGAUAUUCAAGCCUGUUGCAAACAAAUCUUGUUGACAUGUUGUCAGAACAGCAUUGUCACAACUUGUUGAUAAGCUUGCUAUUCAAGCCUGUUGCAAAAAUGCUGGUUGACAAGUUGUCGGAACAGCAUUGUUACAAUUUGUUAAUAAGCUUGCUACAAACCUUUUCGGGUGACGUCCUUGUUGACAAGAACGUUGCUUCAGGGCUGCAAAUAAAUAUUUUACUUGACAGGACAUUUGUCCGAUCACUUUAACUUUGGUCGGACAUAACUUGAAUUUGGCCGGACAUAUAUACGUCACAAGAUAUAUAUAUAAGUCACGAGACAAGUAUGUAUAGCCAUUCCAGUGGAACGUUAAGUAAAAUGCUGGAAUGCCUCGUAAAUUUUAUUCCAAAAUGCAAAUUGAGUGAAUUUGCAAUUGGAUUUUGUCACAGCUAAAAAAUGUAUAAUGUGACAAUAUGUUUGUUUGAUCAGACCAAUGUCCGAUCAAAAUUACUUUUACUCAGACAUUUGCCAAAUUUAGUCAGACAUUGUCCGAUGUCCGGCAGUAAUUUGCAGCUCUGUUGCUUGCUUAAGCUCACCAAUGUUAAUCUGAACCCUUUCUUGUGUUGUUACAGUGAGGGAGAAUUUGAAACAUAUUACUACAGUACACCUUCUCAAUUGGACGAACUGUUGCACUACCUUGAACGAGAUGGUGGCGAGAAUAGGUUGGUUGCUGAUAUAAAAUGUUGGUAUGAUGAGAUUAUUCUACAAAUGGGAAUCACGAAAGAACUCACGGACAAUUUCAAAGGUGAGUCGGCACAACAAGCAAUUUAGUAUUGCUCAAUAGUCCCUGUGUAGCAACUCAUUUACUCAAAGUAUAUUUACCACUUUCAAAAGUAUAUUUACCCUUUAAUGACCAACAUCUUCUCCUUGGCAAGUACAUUUCUGGCAUUAGAUAGAGUAAAAUAACAUAAGUGGGUGCAUGUGGGCAUGUUACUUUCUACACAUGUAACAAGAUAUUUGAAAAAACCCUCUAUUUUGUAUGUUUUAGAAGAUAGAAAAUCUGCAUUAGAUGAUGAUUUGAGAUUUCAUACCGACACUGAACCUAAAACAGGAACAGUAACAUUUGAUGAAAAAGGUAAGAUAGGCAUUGUAAUAUUAUACAAAAAUUGACACAGGUCACAGGCAGACUUUCUGGGGAUUUACACCUCUCAAACUUGCAAAUUUUAUUGGCUCGAUACCAAUGACAUUCAGGGGCGGAUGUAGCCUCAUCUGCAAGGAGGGGUUUGUAUUAAUGAGUCGUAUUUCCAUGAUAUCGUAGGUGUUCCAAAAUUUAAUCUGGUUCCAAAGUUGAACUUCAUAUCGGAUGACUCAAUCAAAGACAAGAUUGUCUCGUGGCAGGAAUCAAUGGCGGCCUCAACUCCUACAACACAGAGUGAAGCCUCAGAUAAACCAGAUGGCGACAUAAAGAAGGAGGAUGGUGAUGGUGAUAAAGAUGUGACGAAUUCUAAUGCUGAUGCUUCUGAAGACAGAAACGAGAGUAAGGCUAUUUUAUUGUCAAUUUUCAGGUCACUUCUCAAAAAGCAAUUCAAGUUUAUUGUAAAUUUGGAAUAUUGGACGUGGAAAUAGGCAAUUCCAGCUACAGAUUUUGAUCUAGGCAAGAAGAACAAAAUCCAUCACUGCAGCUAGAAAGAUCAUCUUAAAAUUAGUAAAAUUGCAAAGUUCAGUUGCGAAAUGUUGUAAAAUGCGGAAAAUGCACCACAUUUGGGCCGAAAGUGGUGUAUUUUCCCGUGCGUAAUACAAAUUAAUACAAAAUUUCGCAUGGCUAUAUUUUCCUCAUUUUACUAAUUUUAACACGCUCUUUCUAGCUGUGGUGAUGGAUUUUGUUCUUCUUGCCGAGAUCAAAAUUUAGUCUAUAGCUGGAAUCAUCCAUUGCAAAGCCAACUUCGCAAGUUGCUUGCUGAAGUACCGAUGUACUGAACAUAAGAACGGAACGGGUUUGAAACGCAACUGGAAGGCAAUCAAGAAUACGUUCCAAACGCGGCCAGGGUCUCAGCUUGAAGGCUGUGUGUGGCUGUGUUUUUUGCUAGUACUAUUUAGUGCCAACGAACGUACUCUUGAUAACAAUCCCAAAGUUAAAAUUCUUAGCCAAGACUCUGUUUCCAUCAGAUUAUUUUUGAGCAUAGGGCUUUUAGAACGUUCGACAGUAAAUUGACAUGCAAUUUCAUUUUAAAUCUAGAAUCACAAGCUAAAUCUUCCAUCGAUAAAACAAAGACUCCAACAUCUGCGACUGUUGGGAAAAGCGAGAAAGUAGUGACAAGUCAAGUUACUACGGACUCGCCCAGUAAGGUAACCCCCAAUGCAGUAGAAGGGAUGGAUAUUGAUGCAAAAGCUACUACAGAAAGCAAAUCUGGAGGCAUGCAAUCGAACGAGGCUUCAAGUAGAAACGCCACUGGUGUACCUACUACUACACGUUCGUCUACGGUUGCUUCACAAACUACGGAGGGGAAGAAUAGUACCAAUCUUAAAAAUACCCCAGCUAAACCAGCAACAAAUGUGGCCAAAACUGAUGUUAAGGCAGUUAGUUCUCAAGUUAAAGCAAACUCGGUAGCGACUAACGUUGGAAGCCCCGCAACUAAAGCAUUAACAGUUUCAUCCAACAAAGGUGUGCUGUCUGUGGUCACUCCUGUUCAGAAUACAGCUGUAGCUGGAAACACUAAACUUGUGAAUACUACUAUAGGCACAAAAUCACAAGUUGUCCAAGCUUCAGGAAUACAAGCGAAAAAAACUCCCAUUCAGACUGUUAUGAUUGUGUCGAAUGGUAGACCUAAAUCUGCAAGCCCUUUGGUUAAAACUGUAGCAAGCCCACAGGUGGUUCAAAAUCAAGUUAAAAUACCGGGUGCUCUAACUUCAAACGUAGUGGCAUGUAAUGGUACGACAACUGCCAAUGCUUCUAGUGUAACAGCAGUUAUGAACAAAUCAAUGAACCAGAAGACCCAAGAGGCAAAGAAAGAACUGCCAUUAUUUAAAUUGGGCAUGGAAAAAAGUUACGAGCAGUAUAUCAAUCAAUUCUCGACCAACCAACUUGCAAAGAAUAAGCAACACGCGCAAGAGGAACGGGAUCGCCGAAGAGGGAUAUCGACAAAGUUCAACCUGGCCGAGUACAACUAUACCGGGUCCAUCAUUGGCAACAUUGAUAGGAUCUGUUGA